AGGCUGGAGAGGACACUGAGUGUGUUCAACAAAACCCAUGAGUCCGGUUUGCUGCCAGAAGCUCUCUAUAAGCAGUGGCUUCAACUAUUACUGGAGUCCAACCUCUUUGAGAAGGCUACGGAGGUGGCAGAAGCUGCAACUAAGCGCUUCAGCCUGUCAGUGGAAACAUGGCAGAUGAGACUGCAGGUGCUGAUCCAACUGAAGAGUGACGAUGUGACCCAGUGUUUUGAAGAAGCUGUUAAGCAUGUGAAAUCUAAGGGUACUUUGCCAUUAUGGACCCUCUGGGUGGAAUGGAGUGAACGCACAAACAGCAAGGAAGACACAGAAGCUCUCUACCAGAGAUCCUUACAUGCCACUGCUGAAUCUGUGACUAUGAAAGAAAUGUAUCUUGACUGGACUUACAGAAAUGGUGGUUAUAAGAAAGUUAAAAGAGUCUUUACCAGCCUGUGUGAAAAUCGUCCAUUUUCACUUGACUUCUUCAGGAAGAUGAUCCAAAUAGAAAAGGAGCAAGAAUCCUGCAAAAUGCUUCAUCUGAGAGAAUACUAUGAACGAGCCUUGAGAGAGUUUGGUUCAACAGAUUCUGAUCUCUGGCUGGAUUAUAUCAAAGAGGAGCUAAGUCAUCCCCAAGGCAAACCAGAAAACUGUGGUAGCAUUCACUGGCGAGCUAUGAAGAUGUUGCAGGGAGACCUGGUGGAAGACUUUAUUUCCAAAUACACUUUAUUGCAAACUGGACAUUUAUGAAAAAUUAUAAAUAGUUACAACAUGACAGUGUGCAUUUUUUAAA